AUGAACAUUUCGUCUUCUCGAGACUCGUCAGAUAGAAAAAGAACGAACUGCUCAACUUCGAAUAAAUCACCUUUACUCUCACUGUCACCUUUUGGUCAGCCCAUCUCCACUCCAUCACGUUGUUCACGUUCAUCGUCAGAUUUACCAUUAAACCAUGUUUUACAAGAGAAAAGUGAUAACUCUUCAUUAUCAUCACCAUCGAACAAACAUCACGAUCCAUUAUCUUAUUUGAUCGAACGAAAUUAA